CUUGGCAUCUGGCAGUUCUUACUUUCAUCAGCGGCGUCUAGUUUAAAAUAAUUUAAGAAAUAUAUUGAUAAACAAGAUUAGAAAUGGCCAAAACGAUUUCAGAAAACGAUAAUGUUAUUCUUUCGGCUGCUUCAGUGCUUCCCGAUCUAAAUAUACGUCCAAGUGACCUGCAGCAUCCUACUGAGUCAUUCUUGACCAAAGUAUUUAUUUUGUAUUUAAAAGGUUUUGGUUUCCGCAUCGAAGCUCCCUUCAAUUUAGAAAAUACAAGCAAUGAUCCAUCCAGGGAGAAGCGUGUCUUUUUGUGUAAACUGUGCCGCCAAGUGGAAAAGAUUCUUCGGUUUACCUCUCCCAAUAGGACGUACACGUAUGCGGAUAUUAUUGAGCCAAGUGCCAAAAAGACUAGAACUACCUUAGAACAUAUAUUUAAUUACAUGGCAUACUACAGAAUCUUCAAGAAGGAUAUUCUGGCUCCGGUAGAAGAAAAGAUUAAGCAACGGGAAUCCCUAAUGGCUGAAAUCGAACAGAAACGUUUGAUAUUGGAGCAGCGCAAAGAGAAGGCAGCGUCUUUGGUAACUGAUAUUGAACGAGCCCAACGGGAUAUAGAAAAACUUCUCAAUGAAUUACCAAAAUCAGAAGAAGAGUUGCAACGCCAGAAGAAAUUACUUAAGGAGCAAAAGGAUCAACUGCAUCGUCAGGAAAAGCGACAUGAAGAUCUGUUGGCCCAAGUCAAACACUCCGAAAAGAAGGUGGUCAGGAAUUCACUAGUACAAGAUGUUCAAAAGGAAAUUGAGUCAACCAAUGUAAGCAUCGAAUCCUACCAAAAGGAACUUGCCGUGCAGAAGCAAGUAUUUCAAACACAGCGUGACGAAAUCGCCGGUAAUGAGCAAAUAAUCAAAGAACUGGAUGAAUUAAGGGAAAUCCUUCCCAUUCCCCUUUUGGACAAGCACAAGGAGCAUGUGAAACACAAGAAACGCCUCGAAAAAGAGUUGUUCGCGCUGGAGAGCCAAAAUAAGACAUCACUUAACAACUUAGCCGCCACUCAACAUCAGCUGCAGCAAUCUCGUGAUGAAUACAAAAGAUGCAAGAAUCUUCAUGAGGAACAGGAAAGACAGAGACUGCAUCAAAUGAAAGCAACCAAAUCCGAAAUUGAGGAUCUUAAGACUUCGGUGAAGGAAAUGGAGGAGAAACUGGCCAACUUACAAGUGAAAAUCAAUGACGAGGAGUCCACGGGCGAUCUCAUGCAGGAUCAUUUGAGAAGUAUUCUCGGUCAAUAUUGGCAAUCCAAGAUAAUCCGCGAACGCAAAUAAAAGUAUUUUUAAUUUUUAUUAAAACUAAUUUUUUGUUGAAA